GUUCCCCGUCCCGAGAUCAUUCACGCGCUCAGCUCCGCUUAGCUGCCUGGUUUUGAAUGGCGUUGACUGACGUCACGAAGCGCGGCACACUGGUGAGACUGUUUAAAGCUGUGAAGCAUUUCAGGAUGGAUCUCAGAGAAUAGGAACAGAGGGACACGCUGUCUGAACUACUCCAUGCGCUCCAGACAGAAGGCUUGAUACAUCGACACAUACAGACAGCCGCAGACUGGGAGACUUGGAAGGACUUACUGAAACGGCGGCAAACUCUUAUUUCAUUUUUUUCAGCACCUUUGAUUUAGUUUUUUCCUUUUAAAAAACGGUGGAGAUGUUUCAUCCCCGUAAAGUUUUAAUCAUCUUAUUGCUGGUGGUCGCGGAAUGCGGAGCGAUAUCGCAGAUGGGGGCUCAGGUCGGCGACUGCCCGUCCCGCUGUCACUGCGAGGAGGACGGCAUGCUUCAACGUGUCGACUGCUCGGAUCUCGGGCUCACGGACAUUCCAGCCAACCUUAGCGUCUUUACUUCUUAUCUUGAUCUGAGUAUGAACAACCUGACCCUGUUGUCCUCCGGUGCCCUCUCCAACCUUCACUUCCUUGAGGAGCUACGUCUUGCAGGCAACGAUUUGACACACAUUCCCAAAGGAGCGUUCUACGGCCUCUUCAAUCUCAAAGUACUGAUGCUUCAGAACAACCAGCUACGACGGGUUCCGGGCGAAGCCCUUCAGAACAGCAGGAACCUCCAGUCUCUUCGUCUGGAUGCCAACCACAUCUCCAGUGUUCCUCGGGGCUGCUUCGACGGCCUCCAGUCUCUACGUCACCUGUGGCUGGAUGACAACUCCCUGACAGAGGUGCCAGCUGACGCCCUCGGGGCCCUGUCCUCCCUGCAGGCCAUGACCCUGGCUCUCAACAGAAUCACACAUAUACCUGACCGGGCCUUCACUAACCUCUCCUCCCUCGUGGUCCUGCAUCUCAAUAACAAUAGAAUCCGCACCCUGGGAACUCAGUGCUUUGACGGCCUUCACAGCCUGGAGACUCUAGAUCUCAACUACAACAACCUGGAAGAGUUCCCUAUUGCAAUCAGAGCCCUGAGCACCCUGAAGGAGCUGGGUUUCCACAGCAACAACAUCAAGUCCAUCCCCGAGCAGGCCUUCACUGGACACUCCACUCUUCUGACAAUAUUCUUCUACGACAACCCCAUCCAGUUUGUUGGCCAGUCGGCCUUCCAGCACCUCCCUGAGCUGCGGACACUAUCUCUGAAUGGUGCAGCAGAAAUCACAGAGUUCCCGGACCUCACUGGCACCAAGAGUCUUGAGAGUCUGACCAUCACCGGAGCUCGCAUCACAUCCCUACCCACCACUGUGUGUGACCAGCUACCCAACCUGCUAGUGCUAGAUCUGUCCUACAACAUGAUCCAGUCUCUGCCCAGCUUCAGAGGAUGUGAGAAGAUUCAGAAAAUUGAUCUGCACCACAAUGAAAUUGAAGAGCUGCAAGCUGACACAUUCCAGGGACUGACUUCCCUACGGUCUCUUGACCUGGCUUGGAACAAGCUGUCCUCUCUGAACCCACUCUCCUUCUCCAGUCUGCCUGCCCUCAUCAAACUUGAUCUUACUUCCAACCGGUUGUCCUACCUGCCUGUAUCUGGGCUCCAUGGACUCACACACCUCAAACUAGCUGGCAACGAGGACCUGCAGGAGCUACUGCCUGCUGAGAGCCUCCCCAAACUGAGGGUGAUGGAGCUGCCCUAUGCCUUCCAGUGUUGUGCCUUCGUCUCCUGUGAGAAACACUCCUCUCCCUGGGACAGAGACAAUAACCACAACGGGAAGGACGACUUCGGGAGGAGGGAGGGCAUCUUGUCUAACCAAGACCACGAGGACUUUCUGUUGGACUUUGAUGAUGAGCCCAAAUCCCAUCACACUGUCCAGUGUUCCCCUUCACCUGGUCCGUUCCGUCCUUGCCACCACCUGUUUGGCAGCUGGUUGAUCCGUGUUGGUGUGUGGGUCAUUGCUACUCUCUCCCUGGUCUGCAACACACUGGUGAUGGUCUCCAUCUUUCUCUCCCCGUCCUUCCUGUCCGCUGUGAAGCUGCUGAUUGGCCUGCUGGCUCUGGUAAACAGUCUGAUGGGGCUGUGGUCUGCCACGCUGGCCACCGUCGAUGCCUUGACCUUCGGCAGCUUCGGCCGCUACGGGGCGCGUUGGGAGAGCAGCACGGGCUGCAAGCUGACCGGCUUCGUCUCCAUCUUCGCUUCUGAAACCAGUAUCUUCUUACUGACUGUGGCCGCCCUGGAGAGGGGGCUGUCGAUACGGAGAGGCAAGGCCGCCGAGGGGAAGACUUCGACGGGCACGCUGAGGCUGGUGGCCGCCUUGUGUUUCCUUCUGGGCCUGGCUAUCACCCUGCUCCCCCUGCUGGGGGACUACGGAGUCUCCUCCAUCUGUCUCCCCAUGCCCUACGAAGAGCCCUCCUCUCUGGGCUUCAUGGUGGCUCUAGUCCUGGUCAACUCCCUAUGUUAUCUCAUCAUGACCGUCACAUACGCCCGCCUCUACUGCAGCCUGGAGAAAGGAGAGCCGGACAACCUGUGGGACUGCUCCAUGAUCCGUCACGUGGCCUGGCUGCUGUUCACCAACUGUCUCCUCUACUUCCCUGUAGCCUUCCUCUCCUUCUCCUCCCUGCUGAAACUGCCCUCGGUAGGGCCUGAGGUGGUGAAGUCAGUGCUUCUGGUGGUGGUUCCUCUCCCAGCCUGCCUCAACCCUCUACUCUACGUCCUCUUCAACCCUCACUUCAGAGAGGACCUGGGCCUGCUCCACAGAAGGACUCGCGGCGCCCUGCACCUCAGCAGACCCCGCCGACUCAGCCUCGUCUCGCUCAACUCGGAGGACGCCGAGAAACAGUCAUGUGACUCCACGCAGGCCCUGGUCACCUUCGGGGUGUCGGAGGAGGAGGAGGAGGAGGAGUCUAGGGGGGCGGGGCAGCAACCCAGUGCCGAGGCACACCACCCUCCGGUUGCCUUCAUCCCCUGUCGCUAGGCAGACUAGCGUUCAGGCUUCACUGUUUUUACUCCCAGGGCUGCAGGGCUCUGGGUUCUACCCCCAGUACCCCAUGCCCUAGAUCAACCCCCUACACACAGACACAGACUGUGUUAGAGCAGUACAUGUAGCCAGAGAGGAAGGAUGAAGAAACAAGGCCACUGCUACAUGGACAGGAACAGGACACAAAAUGGCCGCCAUGGCUCUCCUCUGAAUCAAAACUCUAAUAUAGAGCUAGAUAGACUCCCAUUGUCCUGGUAUUCAUGUCUCUGUAUCUGUCUGAAUCAGAACUCUGAUAUAGAGCUAGAUAGACUCCCAUUGUCCUGGUAUUCAUGUCUCUGUAUCUGUCUGAAUCAGAACUCUGAUAUAGAGCUAGAUAGACUCCCAUUGUCCUGGUGUUCAUGUCUCUCUAUCUGAAUCAGAACUCUGAUAUAGAGCUAGAUAGACUCCCAUUGUCCUGGUAUUCAUGUCUCUCUAUCUGAAUCAGAACUCUGAUAUAGAGCUAGAUAGACUCCCAUUGUCCUGGUAUUCAUGUCUCUCUAUCUAUCUGUCUGAAUCAGAACUCUAAUAUAGAGCUAGAUAGACUCCCAUUGUCCUGGUAUUCAUGUCUCUCUAUCUGUCUGAAUCAGAACUCUGACAUAGAGCUAGAUAGACUCCCGUUGUCCUGGUAUUCAUGUCUCUCUGUCUGUCUGAAUCAGAACUCUGAUAUAGAGCUAGAUAGACUCCCAUUGUCCUGGUAUUCAUGUAUCUCUGUCUGUCUGUACAGUACCAGCUAUGUGUAAACCCCAGCCUGGCAGCUUGAUGCCGGACAGAAGCACAACUGAUUAUGUUAUGAACACAGUCAUGAACAGUUUUCGAUCAUCAUAUGUACACCAACACAGUGGCCAUGCUCUCUUUUAAUGAAGGUACUUGACUCUAUAAUAUGUAGGCCCGGACGACCAGGAUGAGGAGGAGGAGGAGGAGGAAGAGGAAAUUCCACACUGCAUCUCUAUGCUUUCAGUUUUUAUUUCCGUUAGAUCCCCAAGAUAAAACACAUCAUUUGAGUUUAAACAUCCUCUCUGACAGUUAUAUAAUUACAAGCAGAGUUUUGUGAGAACUAUUCGUAAGGUGUGUGUGUGUGUGUGUGUGUGUGUGUGUGUGUGUGUGUGUGUGUGUGUGUGUGUGUGUGUGUGUGUGUGUGUGUGUGUGUGUGUGUGUGUGUGUGUGUGUGUGUGUGUGUGUGUGUGUGUGCGUGCGUGCGUGCGUGCGUGCGUGCGUGUUGGGUCUUGUCAUCUAUCGAUACUUGGUGUUAAAAGUGUGGUGACCUUGUGAGAUUACACCAGCUAAGACUGCCAUGUCACAACAUUCUCCUUCAGCAACAACGGCACCAAUUACAGUGUGUGUGUGUGUGUGUGUGUGUGUGUGUGUGUGUGUGUGUGUGUGUGUGUGUGUGCGUGCGUGCG